AUGACAAGUUGGCAGAACAUCAUUGAUAACUUACCAAAAAAAACUCGGCAAAAUCAAACGGAUUACAGUCCAGAUCAUCAUCAGCAACAACAACUGUCAGACCAAAACUAUAAUGAAGAUAAGUUUCAAAAAUUCAUCUCUCGUCGCCGAUCAUUUAUAAAAAAACGUCCAAUAGGGGUACCAAAAUUCAAUUUACUAGCAUUAAAACCACAAGAAAAUUUCCAACCGUAUAAUAUGACAUUUUGGGGAGCCCAGGGAGUGAUUGAGGACGACACUAUAUGGAAAAAAUCUUUAAGAGAUUUAGCAAUGUCUCUAGGAUUUAUUACACAACAUGAAAUUGAUCGCAUAACAAAACCGGCAACAUUAGCUAAUUUCUAUGGACCUCCUUCAACUACUGGAAGUCUACGUACUGCUCCACAGACAACAUCAACACCUCGUUUUAACGAACGUUUACCACCACCAAGUCGAGGAGAACGAACAUUUCAUAUAAAACCACUUUGGUACUAUCGUGUAGAUGAUCAUGAAAGAGAAAGUUGGAUGUUACAAAUUCUUUGCCAACUAUUAGGUACAAGCGAUUUAGCUCUCGUCCAAACCUGGCUAGCAUCCGCCCAUAAAUCAGAAAAAGAAUUGGCUCGACAGUUACUCGUACGAGCAUUAGAAGGACUCGGUGAAGGUGAUAGAUUUCGUGCUGUAGCACCAUCGUUGGACCUUGAUAUCGAUACAUUAAACAAUUAUGUUGCAGGUAUUGACGUCCCGCAACUACCUGUUCAAGGUAUAUUCCGUCCAGUAGUAAAACAUCGUCAAUUACGUCCAUUAAGUGAAAAACCUGAAAAUAAAGUACAAGAAAGUAAAACUGAAGAUGAACUAUUAGCUGAAUUUUCUUCUCCAACACUGGCUGUUAUGCAAACAACUCCGAAAGAUGAGUUUUCAACUAGCCGAUUACGUACACCUUUUCUACCACCAAUUCCCAAGCGAUGGAUUAAUAAUAAAAAUCCACUUUACGCUUCAACAAUCGAUGAAACAACGACACCACCAUCACGAGGAAAGGACACAAAUAUUUGGAAAUAUGAAUUACCAGUAAAUUCGAGUGCAGUAUUUUCGUGA